GCUGGACACUGUUGCCAUGACCUUCGACGACUCUGAGCAUUACAAUAUAUCGAGCUUCGACGCUUGGUUGGACUGGGAAUCACUCACCUCCUUCCCCAAUGGAAGCGCAUAUGUACAACUGGAACCAAAUGGGCGAGAGUUCGGGCUUUCGAUGUUCCGGCAGCUAAGAUGCCUCAAUAUUCUGCGAGUAGCUCUGAUCGACGGGCCGGGUGACGAGAGCAAGCGGUGCCUCAAUCUUCUUCGCCAAGCAAUCCUAUGCGCCUCGGACAUCACUCUUGAUGCCCUUAACAUUGAGAUCGACGGGCAGUUGAAGGCAACUGAUGGCGCAGGCAUGACACAUUCCGCAGCUGGAGUCACAGGACUCACCUUCGUGGUGUAUGGUGAUCCGAAGAACACCUCCAUACCUUCUACGCCAGAGGAAGUCAAGAGCGCGCCGCAUAGACGCACAUAUCACGCACCACUGGGUUGGGCAUCUGUCAAGUCUGACAGCUGCGUUUUCGUACCUAGAAUGGAUGCAGAAGCCGACCAGCAUAUUGCCUUAUCACUGCGUCCAACGGGGUUCACGGGUUACAUCGAAGAUCGCUCUGCGUACCAGUGA